GCGCUCUCUUCCUCUUUCCGCCCAACAAUUUCGUGAAUUUGCAGGCGAAAAUCAAAGAAUUUCACAAAAAAUGGUUGAACUCACGCCCGAGGAGAAGAGGACGCUGAUCACGCGCAACCUGCAGGAGACGCUCGGCGAGGACAAGCUGACCAAGGUGCUGAAGGAGCGCGACCUCAAGAUCUACUGGGGCACAGCGACGACGGGCAAGCCACAUGUCGCCUACUUUGUGCCCAUGUCGAAGAUUGCCGACUUCCUGAAGGCCGGCUGCGAGGUGACGAUUCUGUUCGCGGAUCUGCACGCCUACCUGGACAACAUGAAGGCGCCCUGGUCGCUGCUGGAGCUGCGCACCCAGUACUACGAGCAGGUGAUCAAGGCCAUGCUCAGCUCCAUCGGCGUGCCGCUGGAGAAGCUGAAGUUCGUCAAGGGCAGCGACUACCAGCUCUCCAAGGAGUACACCCUGGACGUGUACAAGCUAUCCUCGGUGGUCACCCAGCACGACGCGAAGAAAGCGGGCGCCGAGGUGGUCAAGCAGGUGGAAUAUCCGCUGCUCUCGGGUCUCCUCUACCCGGGGCUGCAGGCGCUGGACGAGGAGUACCUGAAGGUGGACGCACAGUUCGGUGGCGUGGAUCAGCGCAAGAUCUUCACCUUCUCCGAGAAGUACCUGCCACAGCUGGGCUACGAGAAGCGCAUCCACUUCAUGAAUCCCAUGGUUCCUGGCCUUGCUGGCGGCAAGAUGUCCUCGUCCGAGGAGGACUCCAAAAUCGAUCUCUUGGACUCGCCCGCCAACGUCAAGAAGAAGCUGAAGAAGGCCUUCUGUGAGCCCGGAAACAUCGCGGACAAUGGUCUCCUCUCGUUCGUCAAGCACGUGCUCUUCUCCCUCUUCAAGGAGGGUGAGGGCUUCGAGGUGUGCCGCGAGGCGGAGCAUGGCGGCAACGUCACGUUCCUCAAGUACGAGGAGCUGGAGCAGUACUAUGCCGAGGACAAGCUGCAUCCCGGAGACCUAAAGGCCACCGUGGAGAAGUACAUAAAUCGCCUGCUGGAACCCAUUCGCAAGAUCUUCGAGACGCCAGCGUUGCAAAAACUCAGCGCCGCUGCCUAUCCGCCACCUGCGAAGGUCAAGGCUGGAGCUGCUCCGGCUGCGGGCGCUGACGAGGAUGCGCCACACCGCUUGGACAUACGCGUGGGCAAGGUCAUUGAGGUGGCACGUCACCAGGAUGCGGAUACGCUCUAUGUGCUGAAGAUCGAUCUGGCGGAGGCGCAGCCCAGAACCAUCAUCAGUGGCUUGGUCAAGUUUGUGCCCCAACAGGAGCUGGAACAGCGCCUGGUGGCUGUCCUCUGCAAUCUGAAGCCUUCCAAGAUGCGCGGCAUUCUCUCGGAGGGCAUGGUGCUGUGCACCUCCAACGCUGAUCACACGAUUGUGGAGCCCAUUGUGGUGCCUGAGAAGGCUGCUGCCGGCAGUCGGCUGGCCUUCGAGGGCUACAGCGGCACCCCCGACGAGCAGCUCAACCCCAAGAAGAAGGUGUGGGAGAAGCUGUCUGUGGAUCUGAAGACCAACAGCGACGGCCUGGCCGUGUGGAGGGAAAACUUUCUGCUAACGCCCGAGGGCGAGAAGCUGUCCAGCAAACUGGCCAACUGUGCCAUCAAGUAGAGUCGUCCCCGCCCCACACUACCUGAGACGUGUAAUACUUACAACUAAGCCGAAUGUUUCACACAAAAGCCAGCUUUUAAUUUAUUAAUUCCCAUUUCAAGCAAUUGCAUUUUUUUAAAUAAAGCGCCCAAAAGUCAA